AUGGUUGAAGCAUUGAAAGACCAAGGGCAUUUCUUCACCUUUCAUCCUUCUUUCCCCCCCUCGUCGACAUGUUUUGGUUUUUGCCUACGACUAUUCAUUCAUUCUAUUCAUUGUGACCGUCGUGUUCAACUGUCCGUCUCGCUGUCUGUCUCGACCGACUCGCUGGCAUGCGCUUCACUGGCGACUGGUCAUCUUGUUCCCGCUGAGCUGGUCGAUGCCCUAUUCGUGGACUGCCCGUUUGAACGAAAGAAAGCGGGCGGGAAACGCAAUUGGAUUCGCGGAAGAGGCAUCACUAAUUUCACCUAUUCAAUAAAUGUUCAAUAUAUAACUCCGAGUCCGUAG